CCAAGCCGCGCCCGCGCCUUCGAUUCCCGUCCGGCGGCGGCGGCGGCGGCGCGCGACGUGGUGGGGGCGGGCGGGGGAGCGCUGGCGGGCGGCCGUGGCAGCCUCCGCCGAGGGCCGCGUCCGGACACUUGCACGACCCGGGGUGUUCUCCCGGCAGAUACUACCCCGGUCCAUUUCAAGGCUAUGAGCACCGCCAGCGCAGACGCCAGCAGCCAGAGCCCGGGCCUUACCCUCAGAGUUUCCAGCUUCAGCAAAUAGCGUUUCUCCAGGGGCAGCUCCCAGAAGCACCCCUCGUUGGAAAGCAGACACCACCGCCACCCUUCCUCCUUGAACCCUGGCCGAGGUUUCCCGGACCACCUGCCAGAGGCCGGCCGCUCGAGGUCUGGGGCGUCCCGAGGGGUGUGCCUCCCCGGAGCCAGGCCUUCCACCCGGGAUUCCGGCCUCCUCCCCCGCCCGGCGGGGCUCGGCCAUGGGGAGGUGUUGACCGGCUCUCCUCGCGUUUCCAGGCGCUGAGCAUCAGCCGGGGUCAGGAGCAGAGGGUCCUGGAGCUCCUGCAGGAGCAAGGCGAGGGGAAGGCCACCACAGCACAUGACCUGGCUCGCAAGCUCCAGGCCCACAAGAAGGAGAUCAACCGCGUCUUAUACCGUCUGGCAGAGAGGGGUGCGCUGCGCAGGGAGGCGGGAACGCCCCCUUUGUGGAGACUUGCAGCUUCCGCUCCGGCUCUGAACCAGCACAACCGAGUAGUGACAGCCGACGGGUGGAGCCAGGGAGCUCCAAGCUCAGGUCCCAGUUGGGAACCCGCCGACAGGAACCCCACGUCCGACUCGGAAGACGAAGAGCCCCCUGAGCCUUUCGACAUGGCCGAGAUCAAGGAAGACAUCUGCAACCACCUGUUUGACGUGUUCAAGUCCUCCGCCCUGAAUUUGGCUAAAAACAUCGGCCUCUCGAGAGCUCGCGAUGUCAAUGCCGUGCUGAUUGACCUGGAGAGGCAGGGGGACGUGUACCGGGUAGGGACCACCCCUCCCAUCUGGUUCCUGACCGACAAGAAGCGAGAGAGGAUACAGAUGAAGAGGAGCACGAACAGCGUUCCCGAAGCCGCUCACGCUGCGGUCCCCGAGCCCAAAACAAAAGCAGAGCUUCCCGCCUGUCGCUCCCCCCCGCCAGCUGCCUCAAACGAAGCGGCCCCGGAAAGCCUGGAGAAUGGACAGGAGCCGGUCCUCAAGGCAGAAAGUAGUCCACGGGUCCCCCCAGAACCCGUGAAACCGAAACCACCUGUUUGUGACAAUGGCCCCUCGAAGCCGGGGUGUGUGGACUUUGAGAACGGCCAGUGGGCCACCGAUGACAUCCCGGAUGACCUGAACAGUAUCCGCACCGCCCCAGGGGAGUUCCGCGCCAUCAUGGAGAUGCCCUCCUUCUACAGUCAUGGCUUGCCACGGUGUUCACCCUACAAGAAGCUGACCGAGUGCCAGCUGAAGAACCCCAUCAGCGGGCUGUUAGAGUAUGCCCAGUUCGCCAGUCAGACCUGUGAGUUCCACCUCCUGGAGCAGAGCGGACCGCCCCAUGAACCUCGAUUUAAAUUCCAAGUUGUCAUCAGCGGCCGAGAGUUCCCCCCGGCUGAAGCCGGCAGCAAGAAAGUGGCCAAGCAAGAUGCCGCCACGAAGGCCAUGACCAUUCUGCUGGAGGAGGCGAAGGCCAAGGACAGCGGAAGGCCGGAAGACUCCCACUGCCCUUCCCUCGAGAAAGAGUCAGAGAAGACGGCGGAGUCCGAGCCCACCACCCCUUCAGCAGCGUCAUUCUUAUCCGGGAAGAACCCCGUCAGCACGCUGCUGGAGUGUGUGCACAAGCUGGGGAGCUCCUGCGAGUUCCGCCUCCUGUCCAGAGAAGGCCCUGCCCAUGACCCCAAGUUCCAGUACUGUGUCGCCAUGGGAAACCAUACCUUCCCCACCGUGAGUGCCCCCAGCAAGAAAGCGGCCAAGCAGAUGGCUGCCGAGGAAGCCAUGAAGGCCCUGCACGAGGAGGCCAGCAACUCGGCGUCGUCUGAUAACCAGUCCGGAGACGCCAGCACAGAAUCACUUGAGAACUUGGAGUCUAUGAUGCCCAACAAGGUUCGGAAGGUCGGCGAGCUCGUCCGAUACCUGAACACCAACCCGGUGGGCGGCCUGUUGGAGUACGCCCGCUCCCACGGCUUCGCUGCCGAGUUCAAGCUGGUCGACCAGUCCGGACCUCCUCACGAGCCCAAGUUUGUUUACCAAGCAAAAGUUGGGGGUCGCUGGUUCCCAGCCGUCUGCGCGCACAGCAAGAAACAAGGCAAGCAGGAGGCAGCGGACGCCGCGCUCCGCGUCCUGAUUGGGGAGGACGAGAAGGCCGAGCGCAUGGGUUUCACAGAGGUAACCCCAGUGGCGGGGGCCACUCUCAGAAGAACUUUGCUCCUCCUCUCGAGGUCCCCAGACGCACAGCCAAAGACACUCCCUCUCACCGGCAGCACCUUCCACGACCAGAUAGCCAUGCUGAGCCACCGGUGCUUCAACGCGCUCACCAACAGCUUCCAGCCCUCCCUGCUGGGCCGCAAGAUCCUGGCCGCCAUCAUCAUGAAAAAAGACACCCAAGACCUGGGAGUCGUGGUCAGCCUGGGCACAGGCAAUCGCUGUGUGAAGGGAGACUCCCUGAGCCUGAAGGGCGAGACCGUCAACGACUGCCACGCCGAGAUCAUCUCCCGCCGCGGCUUCGUCAGGUUUCUCUACAGCGAGCUGAUGAAGUACAACCCCCAGACGGCCAACGACAGCAUCUUUGAGCUCGCGAAGGGCGGGAAGAAGCUCCAGAUCAAGAAGACGGUGUCCUUCCACCUCUACAUCAGCACGGCCCCGUGCGGGGAUGGCGCGCUCUUCGACAAGUCCUGCAGCGACCGCACGGUGGAGAGCACAGACCGGCACUACCCCGUCUUCGAGAACCCCAAGCAGGGCAAGCUGCGCACCAAGGUGGAGAACGGGGAAGGCACGAUCCCGGUGGAGUCCAGUGACAUCGUGCCCACGUGGGACGGCAUUCGGCUCGGGGAGAGGCUCCGCACCAUGUCCUGUAGCGACAAAAUCCUCCGCUGGAACGUGCUGGGCCUGCAAGGGGCGCUGUUGACCCACUUCCUGCAGCCCGUGUACCUCAAGUCCGUCACACUGGGUUACCUGUUCAGCCAAGGGCAUCUGACUCGUGCCAUCUGCUGUCGUCUGACGAGAGACGGGAGUGCAUUUGAGAACGGACUGCGCCAUCCCUUUGUCGUCAACCACCCCAAGGUCGGCCGGGUCAGCGUCUACGACUCCAAACGGCAGUCCGGGAAGACCAAGGAGACGAGCGUCAACUGGUGCCUGGCCGACGGCUACGACCUGGAGAUCCUGGACGGCACCAGGGGCACGGUGGACGGGCCGCAGAAUGAGCUGUCCCGGGUCUCCAAAAAGAACAUUUUCCUCCUAUUUAAGAAGCUCUGCUCCUUCCGGGGCCGCAGGGAUCUGCUUAAACUCUCCUAUGGCGAGGCCAAGAGAGCCGCCCGCGAAUACGAGAUAGCCAAGAACCACUUCAAAAAAGGCCUCAAGGACAUGGGCUACGGGAACUGGAUAAGCAAACCCCAGGAGGAGAAGAACUUCCACCUCUGCCCCCUAUAGUGCGGCCGGCCACGGGCGGGCGAGGCAGGCAGCGUUCCUCCUGCUAGUCAGGGGUCUUUUUUUUUUAUUAUUUCUCCUCCGCCUCCUCUUCUUUUUCUCUUUUUUUAACGGAACCACAACUGGUGACACGGAGACCUCGGGGUUCCUGUUUGCCCUGCUUUGGGAAUACAGGCCCGGUCUCACCAGGCCCCCUCUUUUCCCGAGCAAAGAGGUAGAGACGGGAGAGAAAAGGGUGUCUCCUUCCCACCAGCCGGAAGCCGCCCCCGAGCACCGCAGCCCGGCUCCUCAUCACUUCCGUUUGGGGGUUUCCAUGUCCUGCCCCUUGGGGUGCGACCCUGGCCUCCUGAGGUCUGGAUUAGGUUCCAGUCGACUCGUUUGCGGACUCUGCAAGCCCCUCGCCCCUUCGAGAUCCUCCCUGUGGUCAGGUUUCUCACUUUCCUCGGCGAGGGUGAGAGCAGGAGAGCCCUGCGGCCCCGGAAGGAGCAGAGCUUCUUAGAGACGCGGAGGGAGGCGCGGCGAGGCCCCUGCGGGUGACAGACCCCAGGCGAGCCCGGCUGCCCCUCCCGAAGCAUUCCCAGGACGUGCCUGCGGGGGAGGGCGCGGGCAGAGCCCCUGCUGGGCCUCGGCAGGAACAAGGCAGACAGUGACGCGGCCACAGCACUCCCCCACCUGGCGGGUCUCCCCGAGCGGACACCCUGGGGAGCGCUGGAGCCGCAGGUGAGCUAGGAGUGUUUGAAAGGAGCCCGUAAGAGUUGAGUCUUACUGGCCAUUGCUGCAGGUAACUAAUUGCACAGACGUAGAUUCAGAGGUACGUAAUUUUUCAAGUGCGCUUCAGAAGGCCGUGAGGGCAGGUCCCGGAGCCGAGGUCUCCCUCCUGCCUGUCGGGGUCUCAGGGCUGACAUCGGACCGCAGCUGUACAUGGAAGGGCAGGUUCUGAGGUGGAGCCCAGGUCUACCCCUCACACUGAGGAGCCUGUGGUCGGAGCCGUCAGCCUCUGAGCCUGGCUCUGGGCCCGUGUCAGCGGGUGUACAUGCUCCCGAGAAGCACAGGCCCGCCACCCAGGCCAGAGCCCCCUUCCCUAGAGCAAGCAUGUCAAACGCGUGUUUAUGAGGCAUGCGCCCCAUGGGCCACGAGUUCGACAUGCUUGCUCUAGAAGCUCCCUCUGCCUGUACCUGUGAACAUGCUGAGCCAGCAGCCUCACACGACCUUUCACCCUCCCUCGCCCAAACGCUGCUGACGAGGGGACUCCCAUCGGUCCCACCUCUUCAGUAGUGGAAUCAUCCACAUCCAUACUUUUCCUGUGGCUGCUGUUCCCCAGAAGAGACCAAAGGCGAAAGCCCAGGUUCUGUGGGUGCGCUAAGCCGUCUCCAUGGGACACCCGGGGUCAGAGGAGCUGGCAGGGAGCAGUGCUGUCCGGGGGGAGGCGCCUGCCCGCCCCGCCCUCUGACUGCUGAAGGCGCGUGGGUCAGUCCUGCCUCGAGGCUGGAGGGUGGCGCCCCUGUGCUUCUGAACACGGGCCCCGCUGAGCACUGCGGCUCCUGUCCGGCAGCCUGGCAGCGUUUGGGUUCUGCUGUGGGAAGAGAGCAAGGCCCCUGACCCCGUGUCUGCGGAAACAAUCCCGUCAGGCCCUGCACGGCCCCACCCCGUGCCCCUCGGGGCCACACGCACACAGGAGGCGGAGCCCUCCUCGAGUGGCCUCACCUGUCCAGUCUGUUUUUAAUCAGCAGGCCCCCUCCCCACCCCUUCUUUUUUAAAACGAUCUUUGUAGUUGAUUUGUCUGAACUGUGGCUUUUGUGCAUUCCUGAGUAAUCACUUGUAAAAAUUGUCACUGCUUGACGCUGUUCCCUUCCCUCACCUGGAAGAGACUCUGUUGGGUUUGGGGUUGUAGCAGUGACUCCAAGAGCAGAGUGGGCAGAGCCAUGAGGCUGCAGUCAGUUUUUAAAUCCCGCUUUAUGUGUCUCCCUGAUACAUGACUAACAUAUACAUUCCUUCUAAGUAAAUAAAGAAAUAAAGAAUCUGAGUUGGUA